UAGAAAAAGGCCCUGGCCCCGAUCUUUCGCGUCACUCCUCCGACGACGAUCUCUACGACGCCCACCUCCGACCCCUCUCCACGUUACCCUAACCCUAGGUGAUGAUCCCCUUCUCCGGCGGCGGCGGCGGAGCUGCCUCCUCUGGCGGCCGACGCCGUCCUUUGCCGCCGCUUCCGCCGCUUGCCUCCUCCCUCUCCCCACUGGCCCCUCCCUUCACCGUCGAUCGCCCCCUCCCCUUCGAUCCCAACCCCCACGCCCCCACCGCCCCCACCGCCCCCGGACUCUACUCGCUCCCUCCACUCUCCGCCGCCGCGGCGCCCUCGCCCCAGUUGGCUCCUCCGAGCGCCGGAUAUCGCUUUAGCGCGGGCGCCGGCGUCGUCGAAGCAGAUCCCUAUUACCCUUCUUAUUCUCCCUCGUCGAAUUGCUCCUCGGAGCCCUUACCGGGUUUCGAAGGGUUUUGGCGAGUGGGUUCGAGUCCCUGGGAUAGGCCUUUGGAAGGGGAGCGUGCGAGGGGCGGUGACGAGAGCUCUUCUUGGAUCGAUCCCUCGCCGAACUUCCAAUUCUCUCCUUUUCAUGGAGUUGCUGCUGCUGCGGCUGCUGUAGUUUCUGAGGGAUCUAGAGCAAGUGAAGAUCCACUUGUACAAUCUGGAAAAUAUGUUAGUUCCUUUGCAAGAGAAAAUCACUUCCAACCAGAAAGCUUACAAUGGCUAGAUGAGAAGUAUCUGCCAACUUAUGGGUUUGGAUCGUCAUUCCUGGAUUCUAGUUCAUUGUUAAAUAGAAUACCUAGUUCUUCAUCACUAGACCCACCUCGAGCAGCAGAAGCUUGCAAGAAGUUCAAUUCAAAUUCCACUUAUGACUACUACGUCUCUCAACUUGCUUCCUCUUCAACAGAUCAAAUGUCUUAUAAACUGCCUGCAGCAUCUAUUACCUUAACUCCACUGUAUGAUCAAGCAGGGGAAACUGUUUCAUCGACAGAUUGCGGUAUCUCAGAAGCUGCAUUUUCCACCAUUCAACAUGCAAAUCCGUGUAGAAUCAAUUUGGAUUACUUUGAUUGUGUCUCAGGUGAGCAGAAGGAAUCAAGAACUCAUGAAAACAUGGAAGGCAAUUAUUCUUAUUGGAGCAUAGGUGCUAACAAUAUGAAGCGAGACAAUAGUGCUACUAUCAGUAGUCCGCCUAUAAAAGGGUGUUAUACUGUAAGCAAUGAUUCAGUUCAUGGGAUUAAGGUGAGUAGUAUACAGCUGAAACAUAGCUUUGCCAGCGGCGAAUAUGAUACAGCUGAACCUCAUAUUUCAGAGCAAAUUUCAUCGGACUCACUUGAUCAACAGAACCUUUCUGUGGACUCACCAUGUUGGAAGGGAGCUCCAUCUUCACAUCAUUAUCCAUUGGAUAUUGGGGUAGAGGAACAUUCAGAUAAAUUUGCAAAGGGUCAAUCUAGCUUCAGUGAUUUGCAGCAAGGUCAAAAGAAUCUUCAAGCUACUAUCAACUUUUUACAGACUCCAUCUACUCCACACGUUGGAAGUUCAACUUGCAAGGAUAAACAGAAUGAUCUUUUCCCAGUUGAGUACUCUUCAGGUGUUAACUUGCAUGGUAAAUGUCAACAAUCUGUGGAUGGAAAAGAUGUUAACUCGAGAUGUGCUGAGGCUGGGAUUAAGAAGGCUGAUCACAUUACAGGCAUUCCUGAAAAUCCACCUAAUGGAGCAAUGAAAUAUGUAACUACUGAUUCCGAGCCAGAGGGUUGUGUGAUACAACCAAACGAAGAUGAGAAAGUUUCGUCAGCAAAUAACAAAGUAAUGGCUGAUGGUCUAAUUUGCUCAGAGAGAACUCAACAAGAAGCAGCGAUGGAUAGUUUAUCUGAUCCUAGUGCUGAUAGAGAUAAAACCAUGAAAAUUUCUCCUUCUGAAGUUGCAAUUCCCCGCAGAAAGCCUGAAGCUGUAGACUCUUCUGACGUUGCUGGCAACUGUACAGAUUCUGGGGAAGAUAUUCCACUUCUUCUUACCUCACUGCAUAAUUUGUCACGAAUGCUUUUGUCCACGUCAAGAAAUGGGUAUAAACUGAGGGGAUCUGAUCAUGAGCUUCUGCAAUCAGUAAUAGAAAAUCUUAAAUCUUAUAUUGCCAAAGUAAAAAAUGUUGAACUGAAGGCAGAAGAUGGUGCUAAAGUGAGCGACAAUAGAAGCUCCCCUGAAAUGAAAGCAAAGAUAGAUCCUAUUGUGUGCGCUGAAAAUGAUGAUAAGUCUCUUCACUCUAUUCCUGGAAUUGUUGAUACAAAUCUUAGGAAAAGCAUUUUACAGGCCCUUGAUAAGCUUCCAGAGGAAAGUCCUUUUGAGCAGGAGGGAGAUGCUUGUACACUUUUGUAUAAGAAUCUAUGGAUUGAGGCAGAGGUUGCAUUAUGUUCCAUGAAAUAUGAACUUGCUCGCAUGAAGCUUAAGACGGGAAGUGCCAAGCUCCAACAAAAAGUGAAUUCUAGUGACCCCUCAGAUGAUGUUAAGCCUUCAGAUGAAGUGACCAGAUUAAUAAGCCUAAAUUCUAUGAAUACACCAGAUGGUAACUUCGAAUACUCAACCUUGAAGACUGAUGGAGGUGGAAGCAGCAAGAGGCGACCUCAAGAUGAGAUAGAUGUUUCGGUCAUGGCUAGAUACAGAGUACUAAACGGACGGGUUGAUAAUAUAAAUUCUUGUGGUGAGUGUAGCUAUGAGUUACCUCAGAAGGUAUAUGAAGACAGGUUAGAUGAGGCUGAUGCUGCUGUUAUGGCCAGACUAAAAGUCCUUAAAGCACGAAUUGAUUAUUCAAAUCCUGAUUGCGAGGAGGAGCACCCAUCGGAAACAAAAGAAACUGUACACAGCUUACUUUCGGACAAUGGAAAUGCUACUAAACCAAAAUAUCACGUGAAAGAGUUCGAUGAAUGGAACAUUAAGAACGCUGAUGAGGUAGAAGCUUCUAUAACGGGUAGCUUGGACAUUCUUAAAGGACGGCCUGAAGCUGUAAAUUCUUUGGGGGCAAGCAACUACAACCAAAAUUCUGAAUUAACUGUAAAGAGGGAAGAUGAGGUUGAUGCUUCUGUUAUGGCCAGAUUAAGAAUUUUAAGAGGACGAAUUGAUAACCCGAAUCCCAACUGUGGAGAUGAGAAUCAAAAGCUUUGCCAAUUUUUCAAUUUGGAUAGUGUGCGGCAGAACCAGCAGGCACAUGGUGAUGCUGAACAGCAAAACAUUAGUUCACUAGUGGAUGAUAAUAUCAACCACCUAAAUACAACUUACUCUGAGGAAAGAGGAAUUUGGCCAAACUAUACAUGGCUUGCAUCUACAAGUGGAACUCCUGCAACAGAGGCCUGCCCACUUUUUGGGUCCUACUUUUCUGAUAGGCACCAGGGAAGACAAGCUUUUGCAGGUGAUUCUAGCAACCCAUCGUUGGAGUGGGAGCAUGUGAGUAAGGAGGAGCUUUCAUCACUGAACAGCUCUUAAACUGGGAAUGAUCUUUCCCACUUGUGUUGCAGGAUGCUUGCAUGCACGAAGGGAAAUAGAACCCUCUAUAUGCCACAUAAAUAAGAGAUUAAUCUCUGUAUAUUUUUCAGAUUAUUUACAACCCUUCUUGUCCUACUAUUCUGGAUAUUGUAUUGACUGUCUUGACUCAUUCACUGCCUUUCUUGUUCAACUAUUC